AGAUCCAGCUAAUACAGUAUAAUGGAUUAUCCCUCUAGUCUAGAUUUAAUGCGGUGGGUUUGAUUUUUCUCUAACUUCUCAGUGGAUCAGCGAGGCCUCCUAUUGGCUGUGACACUGCUGAGUCAGGAAGUGGAUUUUACUAAACGCAUCGACAGUUUUUAUGCCAGUAAAAAGUCGUAUUUUUAGCACGACAGCUGUGAUGGAAACAGGAAGUUUUGGUACAAUUUUAUAAUAGUUCAUCAUGGUGGAAUCUUUUUCUGUAGGUACAUUUAAUUAUUCUGCGAAAUGGCGGUUUGAGACCUCUUUAAUUCGCAAAUAUUUAUAACCGAUUUAUAACUCAUUUGGAGUCAUGGGAUGAUAUGGUGUCUCCCACUACAUCAUCUCCCACUACGGAUCAGGAAGCGGUGCGGUUUAUCAGGCUGCAGGUGAACCUGAAGCCAUCAUCAUGCAGAGCACAGCCAACUACCUGUGGCUCAUCUCAGACCUGCUGGGCCAGGGAGCUACAGCUAACGUCUACCGUGGCAGACACAAGAAAACGGGGGACCUAUAUGCGGUGAAGGUGUUCAACAACCUCAGUUUCCUGCGACCACUCGACGUCCAAAUGAGAGAGUUUGAGGUCCUGAAGAAACUCAACCAUAAGAACAUCGUCAAGCUGUUCGCUGUGGAGGAGGAGGUCAGUUAUAUACCCUGUCAUUUAUAG